ACGGGCGACGCACGUCUAUUCCGUUUCUGGCUCCGAAAUCAUGGAUGAGGCUCUCAUAAAGUGGAUUAAACACCAUUCCUAUAUUUGGGACACGAAGCACCCAUUGUAUAAACAGUUAGACGUGAAAGAGGAAGCUUGGAAAGAUGUUGUAAGAAAAACAAAAAUGGAGAGUGUAUCAGUGGCAAAGUCCAGAUGGUUAGGUCUGCGGUCCGCGCACCGCAGGGCAAUCAUAAGUUUUAACAAUAACAAAAGGAAAGGCACACCGAAUGUUCGGGUCUGGAAGUACUUGAGUCAAAUGAAGUUUUUGGUUCCACAUAUGUGUGACGUUUACAGAGAUGUGACACCACCUCCGGAUUUCUCGCCAGGACCGGAGAAUACGGCUACAGAUGACAGUACUAACCCAAAUACGACACCAGUGUCAAAAAGGUUGAAGUAUGAUGACGAAAACUCUGUGGAUACAGAAAAAACAAAUGUACAAAGUAAUGAGAAUACAAAAGAAGAUACAUUAAAUAAUCCGUUGAAAUAUUUUUUUGAUGCCAUGUACGAAAGCACAAAGCAAAUGCCAGAAUCUUAUCAAAAAGAAAUAAAAAGAAAGUUGUUUCACUCGGUAAUGGAGGCUGAAGAUGCUAUUACUAAUAAUAAUACAGCUACUAAUAAUGAUUAAUUCUGGACCCUGGUUCUGGAUUGCAGCAAAAUGAAUCUAAAAGAUACUUCUAACGCAAAAGAUGAAGAGAAUCAAGACUUAAAACUUGUUUUCACUGUAAGUGAUGAUGAUGAUGAUUACUGAACUUCGUUGUUGCUCUAAAAUUGUAUAACUAUGAUUAAUUUAAGAAAAACUUACCAUGGUAAAAACGCACUUAUUGGUACAAACGUGCGUUUAGAGUAGCUUCUCUGUAAUUUGU